AUGAAAUUAAGUAAAUUAGGAUUAUCAUUAUUAUUAUGUAGUGCUGGAUCAUAUAGUCUUUAUUGUAAUGAGAAGACUAAAUCAUUUAUUUGGGGAAAUGGAGUUUAUUAAGCUAUUCCUGGAUAAGGUUUAAGUUUUAAUAAUUUUACUCCAAAAUAAUUAAUUGAUUUUGAUGAUAAGAAUUUAUAGAAACUUUUUUUAUCAGAAUAAUUUGAAAGUGGUAUUACAGGUAAUGGAGAUGGAUAUAUUUGGACUUCUCAUAAAUUAGGAAGUUAAGAAGAUAAAAAUAUUAAUGAUGGAAAAAGACAAAAUAUUAUUAAAAUAAAUGUACCUAAAGGAAAGAUUAAAUAAAUUAAAUAUACUAAAUAAUUUGUAUGGACAUUAACUAAUAAUGGAGAUGUUUAUUAAUAUUAAAUAAAAGAUGGAUAAUUCGUAAAUAAUCCUAAAAAAAUAAAUAGUUUAUAAAACAUUAAAUAAAUAGAAUGUGGAGAAGAUCAUUUUGUAGCACUUACUAAUGAUGGUUCUAUAUUCACAAUGGGUGAUGAUACAUAUGGUUAAUGUGGAUUAGGAUCUAAUAAUAGAAGCACAGCACCACCAUUUUAUGAAUAAAGAAUAAGAAAUCCAACGAAAAUAGAUAAUUUACCAAAAGUAAAUAAAAUAAUAUGUGGAUCAAAUCAUACUUUAUGUAUUAGUGCAGAAGGAUCAGUUUAUGGAUGGGGAUCAAAUUCUUAAAUGUAAUUAUCACAUUCAGAAGAAUUUUCAAGAGUUGGAGAACCAUUAAUUGCUGUUUAUAAUCCAUUAAGAAUAUCUGCUUUAAUGGAUAGUAAUAAUUAAGUUUUAGAUUUGGCUGCUGGAAAUGAAUUUAGUGUAUUUGUAACAAAAAACAAAUAAAAUUCUGAAACUGAAGUAUUUGCUUGUGGUCACAAUAUUAGAGGAUAAUUAGGUUGUGGAUUUGUUAGACAUAUUAGUGAUAUUGUUAAAUUAGAAGGAUUAUCUAAUUUUAAAAUCAAUAUUAAUGGUAAAUAAGAAAAUGUAGAAGUGUAAUAAAUUGAAUGUGGAUAUAAUCAUUGUAUGGCACUUACAAAUGUUGGUGCUAUCUUAGAAUGGGGAGAUAAUGAAUAUGGAUAAUUAGGAAAUAAAAAAAGGUAAUAUUUAAAUAUAACCUAUAGAUCAUUCACAGAUAAACCUAUUGUAGUAUCAUAAUUUGUUUAAAAUAAAGUUUCAUCCAUUUCUUGUGGCAGUAAUACUAGUGGAGUUAUUAUAUAAUAAUGA